CGUCACGUUUGUUUAUAGUCUGUCUGUCCUGUCAUGACGUUACGAAGCGCGGCCCGAUGUACACAUAGCGACAACGCGAAACAAGGUGCCAGAGGCAUGUGUCCUUACGGGUGGAAGCGCUACCUGUGGCUAGCAAUUGUGAUAACAUCCCUCACUCAGGCCAUGCUCAGCCCUGCUGCCGUCCUCUCUGAAGAAGAUGAAUCUGACAAAGAUGUAUUCAUGUUUUUAUACCGGAAUGUUACGUCAGAGGUGGACCUAUCACCAGAGGACGCUUUGAAUUCCGACCUAAUCCGCUCUGAGUACAACCUUCAACAGGAGCGAGAGAAAAGAGACAUUGAGUCUUCAGGUGAUGAUGUCAACGAAUGUUUGGAUCAAGUUCUCAACACGUGUCUACAGAAUUGCACCAACACCGAUGGAGGAUUUAAUUGCUCCUGUUUUGAUGGCUUCGAGGGGACGGGUAACAACUGCACUGUCCUCCCAGUGAAGCGGGGCAGGAGCAAUGCCCAGAAUCAAGUGGAUGGCCUGGUACCCCUGAGGUCACUUCAAUGGUACGGUUAAUAGAUUUAAUCGGGGCCCAGAUCAAGUCACCUCCUCCAGCGGUAAGAAGACAGUAGAGUAUUAUCACAAUGCCACGCGAUCGCGAUGCAAUUGAGGUGAAGAUUUUGUUGCCCACAAAUAUGUUUCACGUGACAGUGGAAUCAGGGAGAGGGUUACUGGAUGUGUAGCAGACAUAUUGGACAUUAGGGCCUCGUUCGAAUACAGAAAGCCCUUCCUUCCAUUCAGGUGGUCCUCUGAGAGUGAGUGAGUGGUUGAAUUGCAGAAAUAGAUGUAUACAUUCUUGAAUACACAAUACGCUUCUACUAACGGAGGUUCGUGCUAAGACCGUCAUAUAUAGACUUACUGAUAUGCCAGGAUAAGUUGAGUUGUGACCCGACAGUUAACUCCGUAUGACUAUGUAUGAGGUCCGCCCACUUGCGCGUACCAUUGUGAAGAAGUUGGUAGUGGAUGGUCAGCGACAAAUAGUAUGAUGGAUGUGUGUGUGUCGUAACUCGGAUAACGAACGAGUUCUAUUGUUGGGUUCAAAAACACAUAAUAGUACGUGCUGGUGUGACGUACCCGAUGACUGAAAACGCCGAUAACAAAUUUCUAUAGAUAACAACAAUUGAGAAGUAUCGCGACAAUGAAGGGAAUUCAUUUCCUUUUAAAAUGGAAUACUUUUUGUAAGCCCAGAGAGCAAUAAUCAAUAGAGUCAUGUCAUUCAUCACAUUAUUGUGAAGGUUGAGAACAUGGUGAUAGUUGACUCAAGGACAUACUUCUUAAUUAUCCCCAUGUGAUUGUUUAUGGGAUUUCAGAUUGCUGAAAACGUAAUAUUGCCAGCUGGAUUUACAAUGAUAUAAUUGGAUAAUCACAGCACUAGUCUUCACAUCUUGAUGCCUUUUAGCAUAGAUCAAACAGACAAGUGGCAAUGCUAACUUUUGACAAUUUCGGGUUUGACCACCAUUUGCGUUGAAACAGGUGAGGCAGCGGCGGGGCAUUGACGACACCAGAUGACAGCCUGGGGGAUGUAGUUCCAAACGUGAACCAAACAUUGGCCCAAAUGAGCUAGAGUUUCUGGUCAUGUCGUAGGCGUCGUGCUUCUCAUCCCAGACAUGUUUUAUUGGGAAAGAGGUCUGGAGAAACAGCCGGAAUUGGCAGUACAGCAGUGUUAUGCUGCUUCGAAAUGCAUGUUACAGCACGUGCAACUUGUGUGCCAUCUUCCCGAGGCAAGAGCGUCCACUAGCAUUUUUAUCUGGAUUCAACCCUUGCCAUAUCAAGCCCAAUUUCCUGUGCUUAAUAUGAUUGGAUUAUCAGAGAACGUUUCACAAAAUCCACGACUGAUACACAUUCGCGUGAAAGUGUUUUACCGCUGCCUGUCUUUGUUGACACGAAUGUGUCUCUUUUAUCUUUUGAACCCCGCAUCGAUUGCCUAUGUUUUUGUGUCAGGGAUGAAAUCGCGAAUGUUUUCGUUAUCUGUACGACCAGGUCGUUGCCUAUGGUAGUGGAGCAAUACGAGAUAAGAACAGCAAUCUAAUUGGUAAUUGAGUUUUCAUUAGAAGGGGCACAACUCGUGAUCUACGCGAGGUGGCGCCAUGAUCGAGCCAAAAAUGUAGCCUUGAUGUGGCAUGGGUAGAAACUAGGCUUUGAUAUAGUCUAGUGGACAUGUUUGCACCUGGAAGAUGCUUGCGGGCAGGCAUUAUCCUGCUGCAACGUGACGUUACAUCCCUGCAUUUGCAUAAAAGGUAGAACAUGAUCUCAACGAGUUGUGAUGCAACCCCAUACCAUUACACUUCCACCCCCACUGACGACGUUGAGUAACGCAAGCGUCGUUGAAACGCUCUUCUGGGCGCCUGUUGACCCUUGCGCGACCAUUAGAGCUGUCCAGGACCCAUCUGAGAACAGUAUACUGUCCCAGUCUUAUCUUCCUGAACCUCAGAUGCUGUCUGUCUACACCAAGAUUGGCGUACCUGACGAUGACGUGGAAGGAAAAGUGGGCGUAUCGCUGGAAGUCAGCGUCGGAUGUUGUGCUCCCCUAACCGGUUGCAUACGGCUCUGUCACUAAUUGGUCUCAACCCAGGAAUUGUCCGAGUUGUUAAUAUGGCAGUUUGGUAUCGAUUCCGAAGAUGCACCAACCGAAUAUGGUUGUCUUGUUGACGUGGCGUCACACGUGGACGACCGGCACGUGUUCACAAGCAGACACAUUCAGUGCGUGAGGAACAAAGAUUCAACACACUUGCCAGGCAAUACACAGAGAGCAUACGCCGUCACGAUAUGGUGGUCGACAGAACUGCACCCCUGCCCACCAAUUGGGCAAUCUUAUAAUAAAAAGACCCGGUCGUGAUAAAGUGACAGAAACCCACUUGCGAUUCCUGAUGCAAAAUCAAAUGUCAGUUCUCAUACUCUCAGAACACAAACAUAUUUUCAGGAAUGUCACUUUCUUCAGUAAUAUUGAGAAGUUGACGUACAUAAUAGUUUCUAUCGAAAGAAACACCCUACGACGAAAUUGUCGCACCAACUGUGGUCAAAGUGUGCGUUUGAAUCAAUUGCGGAAGUGUUGUAACAGGCCUGGUUCUGUUAAUUCUAACGCAAUCAAUGAAGUGACAAUACUUGAUGUCGGAACAUCUUGGGAAAACCGAGAAGAGCGCACACCACAUCCGCCCGAACUAGGUGCAACCGAUAGAAUCAUACAGCGAUUAUCUCCCUUACUUUCAUUGCAGUCGCCAUUUCGGUUCUUAUCACCAGAGACCAUAUAAUAGAUUAUUAUAUAUAAUAAUCUAUUAUUAUCCAUUAUAUGAUCUCUGUUAUCACUUAAACCCGUUUGCAUACGCAUGUUGUACAUAUUUAUAACACAUAGCUGACGGUAACCUAUUCGUUUAAUGCAAAUCUGUAGUGGUCAAGAACCGGACUUGGUUUUUUUGUACACGAAAACACAUGUAAUCUUGAAAAAGAAAUAAAUGUUUUUGUUUCAUUGA